AUGGUGCUUUCAACCCUGACAUUGUGGUUGAAUAGCUGGAUUACCGAGAUCCCAGACACUACCAGAACCUGGUCCUUUAUCGUAGGGACAAUCUCUUUCUGUGUCGGGUUCAUUUGGGCUUUGGCCCGACUUUUGGGCAAGUUCCACUACUGGGACAUUGACACUCCGGAGGACAAUCCAUAUUACUAUAAUUUCCAAAUGUCACAUUACGACAAAGCUCAACAAGCCAAAGUCCCGGACUUUGAAGCAAAGUUCAAAGGCCAAUGGGCCAUUAUUUUCAUCGAUGGCGGUCUCCUUGUUCUGGGAAUCACCUUGCUUAUGCGGGACACUAGCAGAGUGCUCCCAUACUUAUACAACGAAUGGAAAGAAUGGUCUCAGAAGAAGAAGAAGAAGAAUACGACAGGAUCAAGAGUUUAG